CAGCAAAGUCAACAUGAAGAAGUCUGCUUUGUGGCAGCUUUUUUUUCAUUAUAUUGUUAACGAUUCCUUUUUCACAUAAAUAUUAUGAUAUAUCAUAUCAAAUAGCAAAGGAAGACUCUUCCUAGAACGGUCACAAGUAAUCAUUCAGGCAAAAGCUCCAUUCUUUUUCUCCAAAUUCCAAUCUUUUUUUUAAUAUUAAGCACUAGUUUUUAACCCUUUAAAAGAAAGCUUUCAAAUAUUAUUCAAUUGCUUGUACAAAUUAACAAAAGCCAACCUAUAACAAGAAGAGGAAGAAAACCCCAGCUGAUAAACAAAAAGGAAAGCUGUUGUAGCGGACACCUACUUCACCCAGCAGUAGCAGAAGCAAGGCAUAUUUUGGCCUUCUAAUUGAUUCUUUAUCUUGGAACUUGAUGCUGAAGAGAAUUUAGUCAGGCAAAUUAGAGGUUUUUGCAGAAAUUUUAUUUUCUAUGGAUUGGUUGUGCUGCUUUAAUUCCUCUCAGUAUGGAGGGGGGCGUUCAUCAUCUGCUUCUGGCAAGGGGAAAAGCCAUGAGGGUAUAAUGAGGUUUGGUUUCAGCCUAGUAAAAGGGAAAGCAAGUCAUCCUAUGGAGGAUUAUCAUGUCGCUAAGUUCAUGCAGAUUCAAGGUCACGAGUUGGGGCUUUUUGCUAUCUAUGAUGGUCAUCUGGGAGAUAGUGUACCUGCCUACCUACAAAAGCAUCUGUUUGCCAAUAUCCUAAAGGAGGAAGAGUUUUGGGUUGAUCCCCGCAGAGCCAUUUCAAAAGCUUAUGACAAAACAGACCAAGCAAUUCUUUCACGUGCUGCUGACUUGGGUCGUGGUGGAUCCACUGCUGUAACUGCAAUAUUGAUAAAUGGAAAAAGUCUAUGGGUGGCAAAUGUUGGAGAUUCUCGUGCUGUUCUUUCAAGUAGGGGUCAGGCUACACAGAUGACUACAGAUCAUGAACCAAACACCGAACGAGGCAGCAUUGAGAACAGAGGAGGAUUUGUCUCAAAUAUGCCAGGAGAUGUUCCUAGAGUUAACGGACAACUGGCAGUUUCACGUGCUUUUGGGGACAAGAGCCUUAAAUCACAUCUGCGGUCAGAUCCAGACAUUCAAAACGCCAAGGUAGAUGGCAAUACAGACGUUUUAGUCCUUGCUAGUGAUGGUCUUUGGAAGGUGAUGACUAAUCAAGAGGCGGUUGAUAUUGCAAAAAGGUUCAAAGACCCACAGAAGGCCGCAAAGCAACUGACCACCGAAGCAGUUAAAAGAGACAGCAAAGAUGACAUAUCUUGCGUCGUCGUUAGAUUUAGGGGAUAGAAUCGUUUAAAUCAUAUUGCUCUCGGGUGAAGUGCUGAAAUAAGAGUUUGUUUACCCAGGAUGGCAAUUUGUGGAUUAGACCAACAUGAAAAUGCAUAUAGCUGCUUGGGGUAAUCCUUGAAGUUCUGCAGAAUCAAGGUUUGGAAUUUACGAAAUUAUUAUUCAAAAACAAAAUACAGGUUUUAACUCAUGUAAAUUUGUUUUAUCUAUUAGGCUUUGAUGUUUGAUUAUUAUUAUUAUUAUUAUUAUUAUUAUUACUAUUAGGAAUUCAUUGUAUAUGGUAAUGGUUGUCACCAGAAAUUUCUCAAGUCUUGGAGUGCAGAUGAAGUUGCCUGUUUUAAA